UAAAAUGCAUAUUGGGACUGUGCCGGAGUGAUCAGUCGCUCUGGAUUUAACACGGGAGAAGCAGAAGCAUCACUCCACUCCAGCGGGAACUUACAAGACGUUUUCUCACUAAAAAACAAGCCUUUUAACAACGACGGCAAAGCUUGAGCCAUGUGUGGAAUCUUUGCCUACCUGAAUUACCAAGUGCCUCGCACCAGAAAGGAGAUAUUUGAGACGCUGGUGAAGGGACUGCAGAGACUGGAGUACAGAGGGUACGAUUCAGCAGGGAUUGCUGUGGAUGGCCCUAACAAGACCACUGACAUUAAUGGAAACACCAUCUGCUUGAUCAAGAAGAGGGGGAAGGUCAAGGCUCUGGAUGAGGAGCUGUACAAAAAAGACACACUGGACCUGGACGCAAAGCUCAACACACACUUUGGCCUUGCUCACACUCGUUGGGCCACACACGGAGAGCCAAGUGCAGUCAACAGCCACCCCCAUCGCUCUGACAAGGACAACGAGUUUGUUGUCAUCCAUAAUGGCAUCAUCACCAACUACAAAGAGCUGAGAGAGUACCUGAUCACCAAAGGAUAUGAGUUUGAGUCAGAGACUGACACAGAAGUGAUCCCAAAACUGAUCAAAUAUGUUUACGACAACCGAGAGACUGACAGCAUCACCUUCUCCACGCUGGUCGAGAGAGUCAUUCAGCAGCUGGAGGGGGCCUUCGCUCUGGUGUUUAAAAGCCGUCAUUUCCCUGAAGAAGCUGUGUCCACCAGGAGAGGAAGUCCAUUGCUCAUUGGUGUGCGAAGCGAGCAUGAGCUGUCGACCGAACACAUCCCCAUCCAGUACAACAGUGGUCACAUAAAAGAGGGAGUCCAAGAGAAGAACAUCCAUAACCGUCCUAACUGCUCUGGCGCCAUAAACUCUGUGGGGGAUGGCAGAGCUGUGGAGUAUUACUUUGCCUCUGAUGCCAGUGCCAUUAUUGAGCACACCAACAAGGUGUUGUACCUGGAGGAUGAUGAUAUUGCAGUGGUGACCGGGGGGAAACUCUCCAUCCAUAGGAUAAACCGGCAGGCCGGUGAGGAUCCCGUCAGGGCAAUUCAGACCCUGCAGAUGAAAAUGCAGCAGAUCAUGAAAGGUAACUUUGAUGCCUUCAUGCAGAAGGAGAUCUUUGAGCAGCCAGAGUCAGUGGUCAACACCAUGAGAGGCCGGAUCUGUUUUGACUCCAACACAGUAAUUCUUGGAGGGCUGAAGGACCACCUGAAGGAAAUCAAACGCUGCAGGCGGCUCAUCAUGAUUGGCUGUGGCACCAGCUUCCACGCUGCAGUGGCUACCAGACAGAUGCUCGAGGAGCUGACGGAGCUGCCCGUCAUGGUGGAGCUGGCAAGCGACUUCCUGGACCGCAACACCCCCGUUUUCAGAGACGAUGUUUGCUUCUUCAUCAGCCAGUCAGGAGAGACAGCAGACACCUUGAUGGCACUGCGCUACUGCAAGGAGCGUGGUGCUCUGACAGUCGGUAUAACCAACACUGUGGGCAGCUCCAUUUGUAGAGAAACAGACUGCGGAGUCCACAUCAACGCUGGACCUGAGAUAGGAGUGGCUAGCACCAAGGCUUACACCAGUCAGUUUGUGGCCCUCAUCAUGUUUGGCCUAAUGAUGAGCGAGGACAGGCUUUCCCUACAGAAGAGAAGAGUGGAGAUCAUCAGUGGCCUCAGGGUGCUACCUGAGCUGAUAAAGAAAGUGUUGUCUCUGGAUGAGAAGAUCAAGGCCAUUGCCAAUGAACUGUAUCAGCAAAGGUCCCUUCUGGUCAUGGGCCGAGGUUACAACUAUGCCACCUGCCUAGAGGGGGCGCUGAAAAUCAAGGAGAUCACGUACAUGCACUCAGAGGGUAUCCUGGCCGGGGAGCUGAAACACGGUCCUCUGGCACUCAUAGACAAACACAUGCCAGUCAUCAUGGUCAUCAUGAAAGAUGCCUGCUACACUAAGUGCCAGAAUGCUCUGCAGCAAGUCACUGCCAGAUCGGGUCGGCCCAUCAUCCUGUGUUGCCAGGACGACCCUGAGGUGACUAAGAAUGCCUACCAGACCAUCGAGCUGCCACACACUGUGGACUGUCUGCAGGGCAUCCUGAGCGUCAUCCCCCUGCAGCUCCUGUCGUUCCACUUGGCCGUCCUGCGAGGAUAUGACGUUGACUGUCCCAGAAACCUGGCCAAGUCUGUGACCGUGGAAUAAAAGCAAAGCACCACAGAGGAGAGAGGAGGCUCAAAGAUUUAUAGUGCAAUUGUGCAAUUGAACGUCCAGUAUGUUUAUGGUGUGUGUGUGUGUGUGUGUGUGUGUGUGUGUGUGUGUGUGUGUGUGUGUGUGUGUGUGUGUGUGUUUGAGGGGGGUGUUGAUAUUGGGGCUGUGUUGUGUGUGUGAGGGUGAGGGUGUGAAUGAGAGAGUGAAGGUGACAGAUGAAAUGGGGUGGUAUACAGUACAAUGCCUUUUUAAAAAAAAAAAAAAAAAGUGAGAGAAAUGUGAAGUCUGACCAAUACACUGCUGAGGAAGUGCCAGUGCCAUUGAGGCCUUGCGGAACAAUCUAUGAAAACAAGAUCCAAACGUCCAAAGCAACAUGCUGUGCCUUUUUCUAAUCUCAAAUUGAGCCAAAAACACACACAGAAAAGCAUUGACAUGGUAUAUUGAAGUGUUUACAGUUGUGCAAUAUGGGGACCAAAUGUGCAUUAUGAAUGUACACAAUCAUGAAUGAGGUGAUUCAUUUUCUUCCUGUUUUAUGAAUUUCUUAUGACCAUUUGGAGCUUCUUACAUCUCUGUUGCACAAUGGGAAAUGUAGGAAUUACACAGUUUUAUUCCAGACAUUUCUCUAAGUAAUGAAAAUUUUUUAUAUAUAUAUUUCAUUGCACACUCAUGCAAUCACUGUGCCUGGUGGGCUAUUAACCCAUAACUUUGGUAAUUCUUAGCAGAAGUUCCUCUGUCUUAACUUUCACAUGAUUACUUGAUUAUUUUGACAUAUUUCUGCUCCGUUUUUUUUAUUUCAUUUUAAUUUAAAAUAUACUGAAUGUCUAUUCUGUUUACAGAAUUGUAGUUUCAGUUCAUGGCAGAACAUGAACCCUUUUCCCAGACUUCCCUUAUAGUUAUUCUUGUCAUAGAGUGGAGCAUUUCCAUAUGGAUACAUGAGAAUUAUUUAAAGAGCAGUCAGGCAGCAAAAAAAUCUGUUCCAUGGCCUUUAAUAGUACUUUUAUUUUGAUGACCAUUUGUAUGGGUUUAUAGUAAUGAUAAUAUUCUGUAUUUAUCAGAUUUUUUUUAUUUUAUAGGGGUUAAAGAGAGGGUUUGAUUUGUAUAUGUAACUAUAAUUGUAUUUUAUACUGUAUGUUUUAUAAAUAUAAACAGGCACUAUCAAUCAAUAAAUAGGCAAAGCAUUCUA